AUGGACAUAUUUAACAAAUAUGGAGAUGAAAACAGAACAGGGCAACCGGAAGUUAGUGAGGAGAGAGAGGAGCGUAUGAGAGAGCUGUUGGGCAUGGGAGACAGAGAGAAGUGGAAGGAGCGUGGGUUGAAGAAAGCGGAGAAUGUGGGGGACAGCAGUGGAGGUGGCAGAGAUGAAGCGUGGGGGAACAAGGAGAGGUGGACGGAGCGUGUGGAGAAGAGAGAGAAGAGGAGAAAGAGGCGGGUGAAGGAUGAGAGAAGGGAGAAGAAAGAGAAGGGGAGCAGUGAGGAGAGAGAGGAGCGUAUGAGAGAGCUGUUGGGCAUGGGAGACAGAGAGAAGUGGAAGGAGCGUGGGUUGAAGAAAGCGGAGAACGUGGGGGACAGCAGUGGAGGUGGCAGAGAUGAAGCGUGGGGGGACAAGGAGAGGUGGACGGAGCGUGUGGAGAAGAGAGAGAAGAGGAGAAAGAGGCGGGUGAAGGAUGAGAGAAGGGAGAAGAAAGAGAAGGGAAGCGUAUGCGGCUGA